AUGUAUCUGCUGGGAAAGGUGCAGGUUUUGUACCAAGACGAAUCGCUCGACCCUGUGUUUCUCUGUGGAUCAAAUGUGGAACAAACGGGCCGGAAAACUCGCCCCUUGGAGAGCCACGUCUCUUUCCAUUUGUGGUGGGUCUGGUCAUUUGUCACCUAUGCCACUCACGCAACGGUUUCUUCCCACUUUGUUCGUCAAACACGACCGGUGUCUACCGCCAACGUGGUGCUGCUGCCUAACCUGUCUGUGCCGACGAUCUUGAGCAGGACACUCAAGCAGGGUUUUCGGCGAUUGACGAAGGACCUGAACUACACCCUGGGGAGGGUAUUGCAGGUGGCGGAGGCUCUGCAGUACUUGCACAACGACGCCAUCCCAGGUGCCGUGGUGCUUCACCGGGACGUACGACCCGACAACAUUGGCCUUGGUCAUGGGGAUGUUGUUAAGAUGUUCGAUUUCGGGCUGUCGAAAGCGAUAGCGAAAGGCCACAGCCUCGUCGGGGAGGCCGGUAGCCUACGUUACGCCGCUCCCGAGGUUUCCAUGGCGUUGCCGCACGGGGACAAAGCUGACGUGUACAGCUGGGCCCUGCUGGCGUGGGCGGUCGCUUCCGGGAGCACCCCCUUCGAGGGGAUAGGGCGAAGCGCUUUCUACUCAAGAGUCGCUAUCGGAGGAGAGCGACCGGAGGUGGACCCUAGCUGGCCGAGGGCGUUCAAGACCCUGCUCAAGGAUUGCUGGAGCGGUGACCCCGCUCUACGGCCCGAUAUUGCCGAGGUUGUUGUCCGCAUGAAGGCCAUCCUUCACGUUUCUCCGUGACAUGGCGAUCCAGCAACACGUCGGCGAACGAGCGGAGCAGUAUUCUACGCAGCAAAAUUGAUUAAACAUCCAUGUGGGAUAAAGUAUUCAAUCCGUGCUUUGGGGUUAGGGUUAGGGUUAGGGUUGGGGAUAGGGUAUGCGUGCCUCCGCCGUAUGCUUUUCCUAGAUACUCUUGGAAUCCUGCGUAGGCGAUCCGAGCGGAGUCGCUUUUGCUGCCGUACGUACCGCGUUGGCGAGACGCUAAUCAUAUUGUGACAAUAGAACGCGCUGCAGAAACCCCGUCAUCAUCUCCUGUCUAAACCCUCCCUAGCAACAACCGUCAUCCACCAGAUUUGGCUGAUCACGGACAAUCGAUACACCGUAUGACACAAGAUAACACACCCCCUGGACCAAUUUUCAAGCUCGAUUACUCCACGUCGAAGUGGAUGCAUAAACGAAACGAUACAUUUUCGAAAAUCUCUCGACGAGACGGUUUCAACGCCGUCGUUUUCGGCGCGGUGACUGUUCCUGCAGUUGAGAAAUCGAGCUUUGGAAAUCGGUCAAGGGGGUGUGUUAUCUUGUGUCAUAUUCGGAAGUGGUGCGUCAAGCCCCCCUCACUUGUAUCAACGAGAGACAACAAAGGUGGUUUGUGAAGUCGCUCAGAGGCGGGUUUGGGCCGUGUUCCCAGUCAACAGUUCAUCUGCGACAUGUAGCUAUACCCUUGUUGGACGUAUCUAGAUUGUGGUUGGCAUUGCGAAGGAAGGGCCUGACAAGCAUAUUCGGGUGGGUAUGGGUUCUGCCUUUCCUUUGUUCAGUGCCCCCCCGCUCCCGCUAUGAGCUAUUAUGGUACCACGUUGUAAUUUUGUUAGAGGAUGGCGGGUGCUGUUGAAUGGAGCAUUGGCUUCCCACGUCUGCACUCUUGGCGCAGAAACUAUCUUCACUCGUGUGCGAUAUUUCUUUUGUCUUCCUCCGUUGAGUGGCUCUCUGGCGAGCGCUUACCUGGUGCCUGCCUCUACAUGGAUGAGGUUGUGCAUGCCGCGGAUGGAAAGGUGUUGCUGCUGUUGGUGUUGUUGGUGUUGGCUCCUCCGUUGCUUGCGACAGAGGGGUUCGUGUAUUUGCGACACCAAGGGGAUCUUUGGUUACGCUUUCAUUCGUGGGGGGACGGAUGUACUACUUUUUCGGUUUCUUGGUACUGCUGUGGCGGGGAAAUGUAAAUAUUUCAAAGUUUGAGCUGGUUUUGUCCUCUGCAGGGCGUACGAAGUGCCCGCUCUCAAAGUUUUUUGGUCAAAGAACCGGGGAUAGAUGCAUAGACGGGUACUCGCCACGCUGUUUCGGUGAUGACCUUGCGUGAUGUGUACUUGUAGAGCUUUCGCUACGAUAGCCCGCAACGCAGUGUCCAGCCCCCUGAUCGGGGUAUGACCCGUUGAGCCUCCUCCCGCGGUCGAUUCCGUCGGCGGCAUCGACGGUAUGGAGGAGGCGUAUUUUGUAACCUUGGAUGGCUGACGUCCUCGUUAUCAUCGUUGGCACGAUCGAUGGUAUGAAGGCGUGUUUCGUAGCCGAUGGUAUCGAGGGGCGUUUCGUAGCCGAUGGUAUCGAGGGGCGUUUCGUAGCCGAUGGUAUGGAGGCGUGUGUUGUACCGGUUGAUGGCUGACGUCCGGUUAUCAUCCUUGGCGGGAUGGAUGGCAAUGAAUGGCAUGGAGGAUUGUUUCGUGGCCGUCGGUGGCUGACGUCCUUCUUCACCACCCGGCAGGUUGGCGCGGCUUUGUCAAUAAAAGUCAUUGUUCUUAGCCGUACAGAUUGUUGAAAUAACGAGGAUGUAGACUAUGGUAUGCAGAUGUGUAUAUAUACAAGGACAAGGUGUUGUGUUUUCAUCAUAUAAGGUGCCGGACUUUUUUUAUUGUGACCUUCUCGCACAGGGACGGAGGAACUUGUUCGAUACCCUCGCACUAAUUUUUUGGUCCAGUACGAGGCUGCGGCGUGCGAUUUUUUGUACGACUGCUAGGAGUGGGUAAGCGCGAACGAACACGCUUUCUAGUCAACAGGUUCUGCGCGUGUGCGUUUUUUCGUCAGCAUCUGCACAUUUGAAGGUAAGCACCGGAGGAGGCGUGGGUAGGGCCCUCAGGGAGCGGUUAAAAAUAAUGCGCUCGUUUUUCGGUCAAUAAUGCUCAAUUCGGUCAAAUGCGCGCGACGUCU